AUGGGCUUCAAAAAGGUCGCGCCGAGCGACGGACAACCAUGUCAGCACACAGCAACAGAGCCAAAGACAGCCACCCCCCGGCACCCGAGGUACACAGAUGGCCGUUUCUUGCCAACCAGAGACGUGGCAAAGGCAACUAGACCCCCCGGCCUCGGGGGCAUCGAAUCAAGCAGGGCGACGGACGUGUCAGGCCUCGGGCUCGCCAAGUGGGAACAGGAAACUACGUAA